AUGAUGCAAUUCAAGGCAGUUCUACAUCUUUCUUUCAUCUUCCUCAUUUUUCAUUUGGCCAUAGUUUUUGCUUCUUCAAUUCAACAACAAAGAGAGGAAGAGCUUGAAGCUUUGCUUCAAUGGAAGUUCAGCCUUCAAAACAAGUCUCAAGCUCUCCUUCCUUCAUGGAAACUAGUCCCACUUCCAAAUCCAAGUCCUUGCAAUUGGGAAGGCAUCAUUUGCAACAACGCUCAAAUUGUCAAUCAUAUCAUUCUCAAAAGCAUUGGCUUGAUAGGUACUCUUGAGCACUUCAACUUCUCAUCAUUUCCCAAUCUCCUUACUCUUGAUCUCUAUAGUAACCGCCUUUCUGGGACCAUCCCGCCUUCGAUUGGAAAGCUUGCUGAACUGAUCAAGCUUAACCUCAGCAACAAUGGCUUUGAAGGAGGCAUACCAAAGGAGGUUGGAGGGCUGGUGAAGCUUACUUUGUUGAGCUUCUCACAAAAUCUUCUUUCAGGUUCGAUCCCGUCGACUAUUCGAAACUUGAGGAGCCUUUCAGUUCUGAAUCUUGGCAGCAACCAUCUGUCUGGCUCAAUUCCAUCUGAGUUAGGAGAGUUGACAUUUCUCGUCGAGCUUCGGUUGCAUUUGAACAACCUGACUGGUUCGAUCCCGCCAUCUUUAGGAGAUCUUUCUGGUCUAGAAGUUUUGUCUCUCUAUGGGAAUCAGUUGUCUGGUGUGCUGCCCAAAGAGAUCAACAAACUCACCAAUUUGACUCAUUUCUUCCUCUCAAACAAUACCAUCUCUGGCUCUUUACCACAAACUCUGUGUCAUGGAGGCUUAUUGCAAUGCUUCUGUGCUAGUAACAACAACUUCAGUGGUUCAGUCCCAAAAGGCCUAAAGAACUGCACCAGUCUAACUCGGCUUCGGCUCGAUCGAAACAAGUUUCAUGGAAACAUAUCUGAAGAUUUCGGUAUAUAUCCAUAUUUGGAUUACAUCGAUCUUAGUUACAAUGAUUUCUAUGGUGAAGUUUCACCGAAAUGGGCGAAAUGCCGACUUCUCAAAAGCUUGAAGAUCUCCAAUAAUCAGAUCGGUGGAGAGUUUCCAGCAGAACUUGGAGAAUCAAGUCUCUUACAUGUUUUAGACCUGUCUUCCAACAAUCUUUCAGGACAAAUUCCCAAAAGAAGUUGA